AUGUCGGGCCUCCCGGAGUGUGUGUUCCUGCUUCUGUCUACCACUCAGUUCAUUCUGGGGGUGCUGGGGAACAGCUUCAUUGUGUGUGUCCACGGCCGCAGCUGGCUCCAGAGCAGGAGGAUCUCUUUGUCUGACUUCAUCGUCACUACUCUGGCUCUCUCCAGGCUUAUUUUGCUGUUUUCUCUCUUGGCUGACGGUGUUUUAAUGGUGUUUCCUUCUCAAGUAUGUGACAGGGGAGUAGAAAUGCAUUUUCUUGAGAUUAUCUGGACUUUCACAAAUGACCUGAGCAUUUGGCUUGUCACCUGUCUCAAUGCCCUCUACUGCCUGAGAAUCGCCAGUUUCUCUCACCCCACAUUCCUGUGGCUCAAGUGGAGAGUCUCCAGGUUGGUCGCAUGGAUGCUGCUGGGAGCCCUGCUCCUGUCGUGCGCCAGCACCAUGUCCCUGAUCCAUGAAUUUAAGAUCUGUUCUGUUUUGAUUGGAAUUGAUGCCACAAGGAAUAUGACUGAGCACUUCAGAAAGAAACAUGAAUAUGAACUGGUCCACGGCCUCGGCAUUCUGUGGAACGUCCCUCCCCUCGUCGUGUCUCUGACCUCCUGCCUCGUGCUCCUCCUCUCCCUGGGGAGGCACACGCGGGAGAUGCGGCAGCAUGGCGGCAGCGCCGGGGACCCCAGCACCGAGGCCCACCAGAGGGCCAUCAGAGCCAUCCUCUCCUUCCUCCUCCUCUUUCUGCUUUACUUCCUUGCCCUUUUACUGAUAUCAUCCAGUCAUUUCCUUCCAGGAACUGAGAUGAUUAGGAUGACUGGAGUUUUAAUUAAAAUGUUCUAUCCCACUGGCCACUCAUUUAUUCUCAUUCGGGGACACAACAAGCUGAAGCAGAUGUUUGCGGAGAUGCGGUCCUGUGAGCCUUGUCGUCUGAGAUGUGGGACCAAAGCGGCCUUUUCUCCCUAG